AAUAAUUAAAAUAAGACGCCAACCGCAUGCGAUGAAAUCCCGCCAAAAAUACCAUUGAUUCUUAAUUCGCUUUCGGUUUCAAAAAACAAUAAAAUAAAAUGAUUCUCUCUAAACUGGUUUCCAAAAUUGUUUCGAAAACGGCUGAAGGGCCAGAAUCAAGCAAAUUUUUCAUUUUUGUUAAGACCUAAGAAAAGACCAUAGAAGGACAAUGGUGUCGAUUCUGCCAGGAUUCUCUAAACUUAAAACUUUUAACAUCACUCUGUCGUUUUCAUUCUGUAUAGAGAAUGACAAGGAUACUGUUGUCAAAUUUCAGUUUAGCUUUUGAGUAUCAUACCAGAAUCGACACCAGUAUAUCUUUUAUUUUUCAAGCCUUUUAUUUAUCAUGCUAGAAUCGAUACCAUUAUCCUACAGGAGGAGGACACUACAUAACAGACAAAUAUAUUUUCGGCUUUAAUCAUUGAAUGUGAAUGAUGAACGAAAUUAUGGACAGAAUGUAAUCUGUACUCUGUGGAAAGAAUUAUUGAAUGAUCCACUACAGUCUUUGCGAUGCAAGUUUACUUUUCCUAUUUUUCAUUUCACAAAUAAUUUUUAGCUAGAAUUAAGUAGUUUUUGUUGAUUUCAUUUAUAAAAAAGUGUUUUAGUGAAGUGUAAGCUGUAGAUUAGAAGUAAAAAUGGCAGAUUUCCUGGAAUCUGAGGCGGAAGAGAGCGAGUUGGAUUCAGAAGAAGAUGAACAGCCGGCGGAACGUAAAAAACCAAAACGUAAGGCAGCAGUACAAAGUGAUGAUGAAGACGAAGAAGAAGAAGAUGAUGAAGAACGUCUACGCGAAGAGCUUAAGGAUUUGAUUGACGAUGCCCCUAUAGAAGAGUCUGGGAGUGAUGGAGAAGAUUCGGAUGCCAGUGCUGGACCUAAAAAGAGAAAGAAAAGUGAUGAUGAAUUGGAUGAUCGAUUGGAAGAUGAAGAUUAUGAUCUCAUUGAGGAAAAUCUUGGUGUCAAAGUAGCCAGGAAUAAAUUUAAGAGGUUGCGACGUUUAGAAGAUGAUGAUAGUGACAAUGAGGGUGCAGAUGAUCCCGAAUUGGAGAGAGAAGUCAUUGCAGAGAAACUAUUUGUUGGUGGAUCUGAUGAGGAGGAUGAGAAUAGAUCAGAAUCUGCUGCACCUCGUGGCGAAGCAGAGUAUGAUGAUGAUGCUGAGGAUUUGGAGUCGGAUGCUGAUGACUUUAUUGUUGAUGACGAUGGAAGGCCCAUUGCUGAAAGGAAGAAAAAACGUAAACCUAUAUUUACUGAUGCAUCACUACAAGAAGGUCAAGACAUUUUUGGGGUAGACUUUGACUAUGACGAAUUUGAGAAAUACGGAGAAGAAGAUUACGAAGAUGAAGAAGACGAGGAUUUGGAUGAAUAUAUUGAAGAUGAGGAGGAAGAUGGUGAAAGGAGAAGAACAAAAAAGGGAAAACCAAAACGAGCAAGCAAGAAAUCCAUAUUUGAAAUAUAUGAGCCUAGUGAACUGAAGAGAAGUCACUUCACAGACUUAGAUAAUGAGAUCCGUAAAAUGGAUGUGCCCGAGCGAAUGCAAAUUCGAGAAGUCCCAAUAACCCCGGUGGAAGAAGGGAGUACAGAGUUAGAGGAUGAGGCUGAAUGGAUAUAUAAACAGGCUUUCCUCAAACCUUCUGUCUCCAAGGCAGACUCCCAAGAAUCCAGAGAAAGGACUAGAAGGGGUUCUAGUACGAUAACGAAAAUUCGCCAAGCACUAGAUUUUAUGAGGAAUCAAACAUUGGAGGUGCCUUUCAUAGCAUUCUAUCGAAAAGAGUAUGUACAGCCUGAACUGAGUAUCAAUGACUUAUGGAAGGUGUACAAGUAUGAUGCUAAGUGGUGUCAACUGAAGCAGCGCAAGGAAAAUCUACUUAAACUGUUGGAAAACAUGCGGGAAUACCAAUUAGACAGGGUGAUGGAAGACCCAGAUGCCCCUAUUCCGGAGACUAUGAGACUUAUCAAGGACGAGGAUAUUGAAAGGUUGAAGAACGUGCAAACUCCAGAGGAAUUGCGCGAUGUGCACACUCAUUUCCUGCUGUACUAUUCUAACGACCUGCCCGAAAUGCAGAAGGUGCAACGCACGAAGGAGAAGAAAAAAGAAUUGGAAGAGAAAAAGAAAUUAGCCCGCGAAGAGGCCGAGAAGAACGGCGAAGACCCGGAGGAGGCGGUCGCCGAAAUAGUCGCCAGGGCAUCCGAAGAAGAAGACAUACCACAGACGGAUGUGAAAUACCCAGUUCAUUCCGGUCCUUAUCAGCUCUGUAAGAAGGCCGGCAUUGAGCCACUGGUAAAGAAGUUCGGUUUGACUCCGGAGCAGUUUGCGGAAAACGCGCGGGAUAAUUACCAGAGGCACGAAGUGGAUCAACAACCUGUGCCACCGCUCGAAGCCGCCGCCCCAUACACUGGUGGCAUAGGCUCAGCGGCAGAAGUCCUUCGUAGGGCGGUUUACAUGUGCGGAGUUCAAUUGGCCCGUGAACCACUUCUACGAGGAACGCUACGGGACGCACUAAGAGAACGGGCUACUCUCACAGUGCGACCUACGCCGCGCGGUUUGAAGGAAAUUGAUGAGAAUCACCCCUGCUUCGGCUUAAAAUAUCUAAAAAAGAAACCUGUGCGGGAUUUAACCGGCGAUCAGUAUUUGAAGCUCAACAUGGCUUCUGAGGACAAACUACUAGAGCUUUGUAUAAGUGAACAGAUCGAAGGCAACACUAGUCCGAGCUACUUGGAGGAGUUAAAGCAGCUAUAUCAAAAGGACGAGUUUGCGGCGACUGUGCAAGCUUGGAACGAGUUACGGGCCGAAGCUGUGACCAUAGCACUCACUAAAAUAGUGAUGCCUGAAUUACGGAGAGAACUGCACUCCGUACUAUUACAGGAGUCCAAGGAGUAUGUGCUCAAGUGUUGUCGCCGUCGUCUGUAUGAUUGGCUCAAAGUAGCACCGUACGUAUCCAGAGUCUCAGAUGACGAUGACGAAGAAUGGGAUACAUCUAACGGUCUCCGGGUACUUUCGAUCGCAUACGUACCGGAACGUACACAUUCUGCGUUCGCUUGCGUAGUAGCCGCCGCUGGUGAAGUGGUGGAUCAUUUGCGGUUACCCCAUUUACUGUACCGUCGUAAUGCUUGGGAUGCGCUCGAGCGAAAAAAUAAGGAGGCCGAUAUGACUGCGCUCAGAAGGUUCAUAUUGCGGAAGAAGCCACACGUAAUCGUAAUAGGAGGCGAAUCUCGCGAGGCACUUCAGGUGAAGGCUGACGUAGCGGAAUGUGUUCAACAAUUAGUUGAAGAUGAUCAGUUUCCACGUAUACCCAUCGAGAUAAUGGACAACCACAUCAGCAAGAUAUACAGCAACAGCAUCCGUGGCCGGAACGACUUCAGAGAGUAUCCCGAUAUAUUGCGUCAAGCCGUAUGCCAAGGACGCCUCCUUCAAGAUCCGCUCAUGGAGAUAUCCCAGCUCUGUGGUCCAGACGAGGAAAUCCUCUGCCUCAGAUACCAUCCUCUGCAAGACCAAAUCGCCAAAGAAGACUUACUGGAAGGCAUAGAAUUAGAAUUUGUCAAUCGCAUCAAUGAAGUAGGUGUGGACAUGAAUGAAGCAAUACUUACAGGAAGAGGCACUGAGCUUCUCCAAUACGUUUGCGGCUUAGGACCUCGAAAAGCCCAAGCGCUAAUCAAACUCUUCAAACAGACCAACCAGAAGCUGGAGAACAGAACUCAGCUGGUUACAGUGUGCCACAUGGGUCCCAAAGUCUUCAUCAAUUGUUCCGGUUUCAUCAAAAUAGACACGAGCAGUUUAGGUGAUAGUACAGAGGCGUACAUAGAAGUGUUGGACGGAUCGCGUGUGCAUCCGGAGACUUACGAAUGGGCCAGAAAGAUGGCCGUCGACGCUUUGGAAUACGAAGAUGAGGACGCCAAUCCUGCGGGAGCAGUGGAAGAAAUCCUUGAAGCUCCAGAGAGAUUGAAAGACUUGGAUCUAGACGCUUUCGCGGAGGAACUGGAAAGGCAGGGCUUUGGAAACAAAUGCAUCACGCUUUACGAUAUACGAGCGGAACUGAACUCUAGGUAUAAAGACUUAAGGGUCCCUUAUCGCUCGCCGACGCCUGAAGAAUUGUUCGAUAUACUUACCAAAGAGUCUCCGGACACGUUCUAUGUCGGCAAAAUGUUGCUGGCUUCAGUGAUUGGCAUUACACACAGGAAACCCCAGCGAGAGAUGUUGGAUCAGGCAAAUCCGGUCAGGAAUGACGAGACUGGAUUAUGGGAAUGUCCGUUCUGUCACAAGAACGACUUCCCUGAGCUGUCAGAAGUAUGGAACCACUUCGACGCAGGUGCUUGUCCGGGUCAGGCUACCGGUGUCCGGAUACGGUUAGACAACGGCCUGUCCGGUUAUAUUCACAUAAAGAACCUAUCGGACCGGCAUGUAGCCGACCCCACUGAACGAGUCCGGAUCGGACAGACAGUCCACUGUCGAAUAUUGAAGAUAGACGUGGAAAGAUUCUCAGUAGACUGCACUUCUAAAUCUUCAGAUCUGCUGGAUAAAAACAAAGAGUGGAGACCUCCAAAAGAUCCUUACUACGAUCAAGAGGCCGAGGACAAAGACGUCCGUAAAGACACGGAGGCGAAACAGAAUAAGGAACGAAUGCAGUACAUUAAAAGGGUGAUAGUGCAUCCCGCAUUCCAUAACAUCUCAUACGCUGAGGCGGAGAAACUUAUGGAGAAUAUGGCACAGGGCGAAGUUAUCGUCAGGCCUAGCAGUAAGGGUUCGGAUCACUUAACGGUAACUUGGAAAGUGGCUGAAGGUAUCUACCAGCAUAUCGACGUGCGGGAAGAGGGCAAAGAGAACGCUUUCUCCUUAGGUCGAAGCCUCUGGAUACAGGGUUCCGAGUUCGAAGACUUAGACGAAAUCAUAGCCCGAUAUGUGACCCCAAUGGCCGGGCAUGCCCGCGACUUGAUCUCCUACAAAUACUACAAACCUCUCGGCGGCAUGAGGGAUAAAGCCGAAGAAGUGCUCAAAGAGGAGAAGGCUAAGAACCCCAAUAAGAUACACUACGUCAUAUCGGCGGCUAAGAAUCAUCCCGGUAGAUUCCUAUUGUCGUAUUUACCGCGGUCGCGGUGUACGCACGAGUAUGUGUCCGUGACGCCAGAUGGAUACAAGUUUAGGCAGAGAAUGUUCGACUCGCUAGGUGGACUGUUAAAAUGGUUUAAGGAACACUUCAGAGACCCACCGCCUAGCGGCACACCCGCUCAGCGAACGCCCGCGUUGCGAACGCCUCACGGAUUAGCCUCAGUACUAUACCACACGCCGGCGGCUCACACGCCCGCGUUCCACACGCCCGCACAUACCCCCGGUCCUGCCUACAUAAACACUCCAUACACACCAUCCGCUCAAACCCCUUACAUGACACCGUUCGCCGCGACCCCUAGACAACCAGACUUCCUAACCCCGGCAGUGCCACGACACAAGCCUUUACCCAUGCCGGCGUAUUCAGAGAAACCACUCCCGAUGCCUGCGUAUACGGAAAAGUCGCUUCCAAUGCCAGCGUAUUCAGAAAAGCCACUGCCCAUGCCCGCGUAUACGGAGCCAGCUGAUUGGCAGAAAGCCGCGCAAGAUUGGGUUCGACAUAGAUCUGCACGAGACACGCCGGCGACGCCGCGUAGCAGCGAAGGCGCGUCAACGCCACGCCAACGCGGCACGCCACGUUCCACGCCACGCCACGACUCACGGUCCACGCCACGCCACGAUGCGACGCCCCGCCACGAUUCGAGAUCUACGCCACGCCACGACUCCCACCAUUCAGGCCGCUCGUCAAGAGCCCACUCGCUGAGAUCUACGCCGCAUACAAACACUUCGCCGCGAUCUAUGUCAUUAGGCGAUUCCACUCCGUUGUACGACGAGAACUAACCGCAGAGCCAAGACUGACUCAAUGACACUAUAUUUUUGUACUUGGACGCGACAGGCAGGCCUAUUAUCUAUCUAAUUUGCAACUGAUUCGCGAUCGCUUAAUGAACACAGACUCAAAAUGCGCCAAAUAUUAUUUAAAAAGAAAACUACAAACACCACUUUUCAUAUUCAGGGUUUUGCAUGAAAACGUCAUUAAAUCACGGUAUUUUAGGUGGUUUAGAACAUUAUCUAAAAUAAAGUACGACAAGGGUCUUUAUGAAUGUGAGGGAAAGUUCAGGAAGGGCGCUGCAGUCUACGUAAAUGACAUACAAAAUAUUAUGACGUUUGCAAAGAUGGCGGCGUUAGUUCCAAUUUUUGCCAUUUUCGUAAAUAUUGCUUUCGUUGUCAUCGCCGGAUAAACUAUAGAUUUCUAUUACAGGUUUUUGAACAAAUUGAUCAAACACACGCUUGGUUAUCACUUCUGAUAUUGGCAGAAUUGUCGACAUUGGCAUCGACAAAAUUGCCAUUAAAAAGAAUAGAAUAAAUAUCCUUAUCGCUGUGUAUUGUAAAUAGAGCAAUUUGAUGGCGUUUUCAAACAAAGAAAAAAAUCCAAAAACUCAGUCACGUUGUGGUCGCAAGUUGCAAGUUACGUAAUAGGCCUGCGUUAGUGUGAGUGACGAUUAUGAUGAAUGACGUUAUUUCGUGACCUCGUAUUUAUUUGUUUCUCGCUCAGCCGUACUCAGAUACGUCAAUCAAUUUUCAAGUUUGAUUAAAGUUAUUGCUGUCACUUUCUUUGCUACAGCAAUAGAGUAAGACAACACGAUUUUAUAUGACAUUUAAUUUAUUUGACCUUUCUGAGUACGACCUUUUCUCGCCCUUUCUAAAUAUUCAUUUUCUUGUAAUUGUAAUUAUUACGGAUGUUGGUUCUAUCUAAAACGUAAGUGUGCUACGUUUUUCCGAUAUUUUACAUUUUCUGUUAGUAAACUGAGCUACUUCGGUAUAGAAACGAAACGAACGUCGCGCACUUGGCUGCAACAGCCAACUUUAGUAAAUCUGGUCGUUGCGGCCACUGGUCGUGGUCGUGGCCGAUUAGCGCUCGAGGUGCCUAAAUAAUACCAAUAACUCCAUAAAAGCCUAGAACUAAUUUCCGACUGAACAUACAUUUUCGGCAGAAGCUGUUAAACUAAACCAACGCUGUAACCUUCUCUCACUUCAUCGACACUAACAGACGUACUCAGAAACGUCGAAUUAAUUUAAUGCUUCAUUAAGACACGUGUUAUCUCAUUCUAUUGUUAACGCAAAGAAAGUGACAGCAUUAACUUUAGUCAAACUUAAAACUUCAUUGAUUUUUCUAAGUGCGAUCGUUAGAAAUUUAGAUAAUUGUAGGCUAGAAGGAAAUAAAGUGGUUUAAGUUUAUGUAGAUAAUUUACAAAAAUGGAAUCAAAGUGGGCUAAGAAGUAAACUUCAAAAUACAAAUAACACCUCCGCUCGUUGCCUCUUCUACAAAUUAUUGACUAAUUUAAUGAUUUUAAAACACGAAACUUAGGCCUAUUUCGGUUGAAGUCGAAAGUUUAUUCGAAGAUCAUCUUCGAUUGUCUUGAAGGUUCGUUCGGUCACUAAUUUAAACAAUACUCCUUAUUGCUUAUGAAAUUUGAAAAGGCGGUGAUCUAAUAGCAAUAAUCAUGUAUGUAAAAAUGAGAGUGCGAUAUUUACCUGUUGUCUAUACAGUUUUCCAUGUCAAAUUCUAUAGUGCACUAUCCGAUUGUUUUGUUAGCAUUUUGGAUAUAAUGUAUAAUAUGUGACUCCAGUCCGUGGAAGAAAAUUUAUUUAUUAUAAUAAUCAGACAUUGUUUAUGUAUUAAUAAUAUCGAAUAGUCCCUGCAGGACGAGUGUAUUGAAAUUUACCAGGUAAAAUGGUAUGUGUAAUACUUAGUAUUUUUUUUAAAUAUUAGUUUUAUUUUCUUCAUAUUACAGUUGUUGGAUGCGUUUAAACUUAAGAAACAGGAUUUAUAAUG